AUGAAGAUGAUUUGGUGGAAGAAGAAAUUCUGCUGGCAGCAUUACCUCUGGGCCCUGGGCUGCUAUUUGCUGCUGGCCAUUGUUGCUCUGAGAUUCUCUCUCAGGUUGAAGUGCGACUUUGAUUCCCUGGAUCUGCAGGCCAGGGACUUUCGAAGCAAGCACUGUAGGGACAUCUUGUACAAUUCCCUGAAAUUGCCAGCAAAGAGAUCCAUCAACUGUUCUAGAAUCAUCCAAGGGGACAAGAAAGCAGUGACUGAGGCUCUGCUGGACAGGCUGGAGGUCAAGAAGAAGCGGGAGCCUUUCACAGAGGCUGACUACCUCAACAUGACCAGAGACUGUGAGCGCUUUAAGGCCGAAAGGAAGUUCAUACAGUACCCACUCAGCAAACAUGAGUUAGACUUCCCUAUUGCAUACUCUAUGGUGGUCCAUGAGAAGAUUGAGAACUUUGAAAGGCUGCUGAGAGCUGUGUAUGCCCCUCAGAACAUAUAUUGUGUUCAUGUGGAUGAGAAGUCCUCAGAAGCUUUCAAAGAGGCAGUCAAGGCAAUUAUUUCAUGCUUCCCAAAUGUCUUCAUGGCCAGUAAGUUGGUUCGGGUGGUUUAUGCCUCCUGGUCCAGGGUGCAGGCUGACCUGAACUGUAUGGAAGACUUGCUUCAGAGCUCAGUGCCAUGGAAAUAUCUCCUAAAUACAUGUGGAACAGACUUUCCUAUUAAGACCAAUGCCGAGAUGGUCCUGGCCCUCAAGAUGUUGAAUGGGAAAAACAGUAUGGAGUCAGAGAUGCCUACUGUGCACAAAAAAUCUCGCUGGCAAUAUCACUAUGAGGUGACAAACACAAUACAAAUGACCAGCAAGACUAAGGACCCUCCCCCUGAUAAUUUACCUAUGUUCAUAGGGAAUGCCUACAUUGUGGCUUCUCGAGACUUUGUCCAGCAGGUCUUCGAGAACCCUAAAGCUCAACAACUGAUCGAAUGGGUAAAAGACACCUAUAGCCCCGAUGAACACCUUUGGGCCACACUUCACCGUGCACCAUGGAUGCCUGGCUCUGUUCCCUACCACCCCAAGUUUCACAUGUCAGACAUGGCUGCCAUUGCCAGGCUGGUAAAGUGGGCGGGCCAUGAAGGAGACAUCAGUAUGGGGGCACCUUAUCCACCUUGCUCUGGAAUCCACCAGCGGGAUAUCUGUAUUUAUGGGACUGGGGACCUUCACUGGAUUCUUCAGAACCAUCACCUAUUGGCCAACAAGUUUGACCCAAAGGUGGAUGACAAUGUUCUUCAGUGUUUAGAAGAAUACUUACGUUAUAAGGCCAUCUACGGGACUGAGCUCUGA